AUGGGAAAUACCAAAGGUGCCUGUCCCACCCAAACCAAUCUAGGCAAUGGGGGAAUCCAUCCCACUAAUGGUGCCAGUCCCACCCAGACCGAUCUAGGCAUGGGGGAAGGAACCCCGCUCCCGAACCGAAACCUGACAGAGAUUGUCCGAGCUAUGGGAGUGCUGGCUAAGAAUCAGGGUAUCCAAUUGGACACCCUGAUAAUCCAACGUGUGAGUCGAAAUCCGCCGGCGUUCCCGCGGGAACGCAGAAUAACAAUGGGACAUGGAUGGCAAGAGAAGCCAAAAAAAAGCAUGGAAUGGCCGGGAAUUGAACCCAUGCCUCACGAUGACCUGUCAGAUGUGGCACCACCACACCACCGAAAAGUACGGAGAGCUUUCAGACUGGAAGAUGCUACUGACAUCAUUCUUCAGGCAUUUCACCCAAAGUGGGACCAAUGGAUCGAUGUGGAAAAUCUAGAAGAAAUCCCUCCUGGCACCAAGAUCUUGAAGGCAGUGGUUGAAUCCACUCAGCAUACUGAUACUGGAACAGUUGGAAAUAGAUCUCCUGGUAGGGUACAUGAAGAAGUGUUUAUUGGGCCCAGCAGUCAUCAACCCAGUGACCUAGAUAUGACAUAUCAAGUGGGAGUGGCUAUUGGAUCAUCUGGUUGUGCUGAUGGGUUAGCUUUCCAGAAUUCAUCACAGACUAAUCCUGAGACAUGGGAUAAAGAGAAACAUGAUCUACCUCAACUUUCUGGUCAUUGCUUAGUUGAGAUGAAGCUUGAUCAUGACAAGUAUGUGAUGAUUGCAAGAGCCAUUACUGAUUCAUAUCCGCAUCUUGCUGAGCCAUGUGGACUAGAUGGCAAUCCUUGGGAUGCAUGGAAGGGACGAAUAAUUGACAAGGUCAAUAACGAAAGGAAAUCCAAGAGAAGAUUCUCAAAAGGAGCAUUGAGGAAUCCCAUUCUUGAUGGGGUGCCUGCAGGUAGUUGCAUGCCUCCUGGAGAAGAUGAGAAAUCCCUCCAAUUGCAUAUCAAAACCAUGAAGAUUGAAUCCAGGAAACGUCAGGUUGACAAAAAGAAAGUCCAGAAACUGCUUGAUGUGACAUUUUGCCUCAGGUAUGGAACUCAUAGAUUGAAGAAGGUGUCGGAGAUGCUAGAGGUAUAUCCGUGUCUCUCUAAUGCAGUUGAGGGAAGAGACCUUGAUCCUGCUCCUGUGGCUGUUUACACUGGUGAAUUAUGGGGCAAGCCAACCUGGCAAGUGUGGGUGGAAGGGAUGCGUCUUCUCACUGAAAGUGCCGUGGAAGCUGUUGCUGUAGCGUACGAUUCCAACACAAGUCUUACUGUUGCCGUCUACCAGAAGCUCGUAAUACAGUAA